AUCUUCUUCCUCUUCUCAUCUCCACUUCUCAUCUCCAUCUUCUUCCUCUUCUCAUCUCCAUAACCAUUUUCGAUUAGUUGAAAGAUGAAAGGAGUUCCACCAAUUUCACAGCAAAGAGAAGCUUCAACUACCCAAAUUGGAAGUCAAUCAUCAUCCUCACGUUUUGAUCGGAGGCCUGACUGUUUUUGUGAGAGAAAGACAGUGAUGCUUAGAGCAAAAACAUUGAAGAAUCCAGGGAGACAAUUCUACACAUGCCCACUAAACAAAGAAGAUAGUGCAAAUUGCAAAUACUUCAUGUGGGUUGAUGAGUGGGAAGACUAUCUUGCAAAUGAAUCUUUAAGAAGAGUAGAAAGAAAAGGAGUAAAAGAUGAUGAAAUGAAAACUAGUGUUGACAACAAUUAUGAAAAUGAUAAGUUCAAGAGAGAUGUAAACUCAAAGUUGGAUAUGUUGGUUGUUGACAUGAAGCUUAUAAAAUACUUUGUAUUUGCUUGUAUUGUGAUUCAACUUUUGUAUAUGGUUGUUCACAAGUAG